UCAGCCACUUCUGCUUUAGAAACAAACACUUCAGCCUCCAGGCGAUCAAUGGUUAGUGGGACUGUUGCAUCCAACCUGACGUCUGCCAGGAUAGAGAGGACAAAAAACGACUUGUGGAGCCGAAGUGUUGACCAGUCAUCUGUACCGUUGAUGAGUCAAUCAUCCUCAACAGGCAGCCAAGAUGUGGAGAGUGAUACAGAAAAUAACCCCCAUCCAUCCCUUCAGUCAGUAACUGAGACUAAACCUCCAACCAGCGGUCAAUUACCAGUCAGCACUACCUCACCUAAUUGGUUACCAACUAAGACUGCAGAACUAAACCAAUCCCAAACCAAUUUGUCAACCAAUCAACCACCAACAACUAGUCAAUCAAUAAAAAUUACUACACCAACCAAACAAUCUUUGACUAAGAACGGAUCAUCAAACCAAUUCCAGACCACAUCUGGACCGCCUACUGCUGUUAUUACGCAGUUUAACCAGUCACAUUUUAGCCCAGUGCCAAACACUCAGCAAAGGUUGACAACAGUAUCAACGAGCCAAACACCUGACCUAGUCCAAUCCCAAACCAAACCAACGACCAGCCAGUCCCAAGACAUUGAACAAGCCAGUCAAUCAGGACACACCACAGAGAAUAUCAAUCACUCAUCAAGCAGCACAGUUUCAGCUGGUCUAUCAUCAACAACUCGAGUCAGCCCAGAACCGCCUUUCAAACAACAGUCACCAGCAAUAUCAACCAACCAACCGACAGAGACAACUCAGUCAGGCAAAACCCAAACUGGUCUAGCUUCACGUUUCCAAUCUCAAACAACCAGCCAGUCAACAAUAAGUACUGGACUGACCAGUCAAUCAUCAGGCAUAGAAACAGAAAUCAGUAAGUCAACAAGAGGUACAACUUUGUCAGGUGACACCUCAACCAAGACUGUGAAAAUCAGCCAAACACAGGUCAACGUUGUGCAUUCAACCCAAAAACCAACAACCACAAAAUCUACCAGUCAAUCAACUACAGAAGCAUCUAGCCAUUCAGAAGUCAGCCCAGUAACAAAGUCCAAACAACAGUUGACAGCAACAUCAACUAGCCAAAUAACAGAGACAACUCAGUCAGACGAAACCCAAGCUGGUCUAGUUUCACGUAUCCAAUCUCAAACAACCAGCCAGUCAACAGUAAGUAUUGGGCUGACCAGUCAAUCAUUAAGCACAGCAACAGAAACUAAUAAAUCAACAAGCAUCACAGCUAAGACUGUGAAAACCAGCGAAUCAGAUGUCAGCGUUGUGCCAUUCAUCCAAAACCCAUCGACCACAACAUCUACCAGUCAAUCAACUAGCCCACUGUCAACCACCAAAGUGACUUCCAAACCAACAACAACCACUGUUGCAUCAAUUAGUCAAACAAACCGACUGCCCACUAAAAUGACACCACACAACAAAGGUGGACCAUCCACCCAAAGGCCAGCCACCAAAACAUCAGUCAGUCAAUCUCCCAUCACAACAACCCAGAACAACAAAUCAGCAACUUCCAGAGAACCAGCAAACCAGUUGUCAACCAACACUGCUUCGGUCAAUAAGGGAAUAAGGCCUACUGAACAAACGCCAAGCAUUGCCUCAUCAGAAAACCAGUCCCUAGAUAGACUAACACAAACCACUCAGUCUUCAACCACAUCGGUAAUGUCCAAAUCAUCUGGAAGUGUAGAACCAACCAAACCAACAGAUCCGGAACAGUCCCAAUUACAACACAGUCCUACUGUACCAGUUCAACCUGCAAGAAAGACAAAACACCCCAUCCAACAAGCAGAGAGUACAACAUCAGCCAGAAAGUCAUCCGAAAAACAAAUACUUGCUAAAGCACCGUCCAGAAAAUCAUCAUCUAAAAAGACAGGAUCAAACCAUUCACCAAUAAUCACAACAAAAUCUGGACAAUCACUGGAAGGUACAGACCCCAUUAGCCAAUCACCAGUCAGUAAAUCACCUCCCAGGAUCUCAUAUCCAGAUGGCAGCACAACAAAAUCAGCCCAACUGUCAUCCAGCCGAACAUCACCGAGCCCCUCAGCUACUUCAUCACAACCAAUGAGCCAGUCCGAUCUCACAACAACAUUUUCUAACCAAUCUCCAGCUACUUCAGCUCCAGCUGAUCAAUCAGUGACAACUUCAGUGGCUUUAGCAUACACAUCUCACAACCGGAUGUCGAAUAAUAAAACUCUGGUGAAGUUGGUGAACUCAGACCAGUCACUGAAUGUGUCUUUACUGCUAAACCAACUGGCAUCUGGUUCAACAACGGCAGGAAACCCAAUCAGCGGCGCCUUUUCACCAGAUGAUCGGCCGGUUAAUAUCUCGCAGCUCACCAGGCAGGCAAAGGAGACCCUAAAGUCUUCGAAACGCAGAAUACGAGGGGAGCCGUGUGAGUAUCCCUGCCUUAAUGGAGGACAGUGCUAUUUGUCGGAGUCAUGUGACUGCAGCUUGUUUCAGGCCACUGGACACAGAUGUCAGACAGUUCCAAAUCUCGGGUUUGAGAGGGAGAUGACCUGCAGGACGUGGGGUCAGUACAACUUUGAGACCUUUGACGGUCUCUACUUCCACUUCCCUGGCCGAUGCACGUACACGCUGCUGCGGGACUGUGAGGGAACCACCCAGGCCAGCGUUGUUGUCCAGGUCCACAAUGACCCAAACUGCGGCUCGGCUCCCUACGCCUGUCAACGGUCCGUUAGCCUCUUCCUGCCGUGGGAUGGCGAGAUACGACUCCACGCCACCAGCGUUACCUUCAAAGGUCAAAGUCUGCAGCUUCCUCAUCACAUCCAUGAGCUGCAGCUGGAGCAGAUUUCCCAGUAUGUGCUGGUGACGCAGCAGCAGGGCUUCACGCUGGUCUGGGAGGGGCGGAGCGGAUCGGUCUACAUUAAACUCAGCCCAGAGUUCGUAGGCCGAACCUGCGGCCUGUGCGGAAACUUCAACGCAGACAUUCAGGACGACCUUAAGACGAGCUACGGGAAAAUGUUUCAUCAAAACCCAAGAUACCACAAUGGAAAGAUGGGACCCCAGAUGAGAAGGGGAUUCCAGCACAACUCCCAAGGCAGGUUCCCUCCUGUGCACCCGAAUGUUUUGCACGAGGAAAUCCAAAGGCUGCGUGCUUUUUUGGAAAUGGAGAGAGCCCAAAGGUUUGAAGAUAACCAACGACUGGCCCACAUGGAAGAAGAGCUGGAAGAAACGAAACUCCAGUUAAGAAGGCAGAAAGCUAUCAAAGAAGUGUUCAUCAACAAGUCCAAAGAGUCAAAGAGGGAACUCGAGAGAGUAGAGAAGCUUAGUGAUCCAGCAGCUGUCAGCGCUGCGAUCCUUGCUUCCAAGGUGCACAACGAUGUGAGACAUAAGAAUAAGAAGAUGCUGCAACAAGACUUUGUAGAUUUAAAGACGGCCCAUCUCCUCAGCCAGGAAGCAUUUUCCUCAGAAAUCCAGGUUGAAAAAGAAAAAGGUAAAGCCCUCCAAGAAGAACUGGACAAACUCCAGACUUCUUACGAGGAGCUUUGCUCUAAGUAUGAAGCUGACAUUGCUCUGGUGAGGCAGGAGGCUGAGAUACAAACAUUUUGUGAAGAGAAGGAUAGUGAGGUACAACAGCUCCUUGAAAAUCUACGAGCUGAAAAGGAAGAUAUGUUUCAAAUAAUGUCAAAAGAAAUCAAAUUUCUGCAAAGCAGCGAAAAAAGUUUGCAGGACGAAUUGGACCAGGUCAAACGUUCAUAUGAAGAACUCGGCGGGAAGUAUGAUAGAGAUGUUUCUGGACUUAAAGCCCAAGUAGAAACAUACAAGAAAGAGAUCGAUCGUGAAAGAGAAGACAGUUCAGAGAGAGCGAAGAAAGACCUUGAGGAAAUCAACAAACUGAAAGCUGAGCAAGAUCAUCUCUAUGAAACGAUGACAGAAGAGUUCCAGACUCUGCAGCAGAAAUUCAACGGGCUCGCAAAACUUUUAAAAUCUAAUAUAGGCCAGUAUGAAGCAAGCCAUUCUUCACUUCAACAGCAGGUGGAAAAUCUUCAGGUGCAAAUAACUGAGGAGAAAAAAGCUCACUUGGAAGACUUGGCUCUUCUCCACAACAUAAAAGCCAUGAAUGCCGACCUCCAGGAAAACACAGCAAAUGAUAUGAAAUUACUGCAAGAAAAGGAAAGGGAUGCGCAGACUGAGUUAGAGAAGAUUAAAGGUUUGUACCAGGAGCUGAAUUGUAAAUAUGAAACGGAUGUUGCUGCUCUAACACAACAAGCAGAAAAAUAUCAGCAAGUAAGUAGUGAGAGAAAUAUUAAAUUGGAAAGAGAAGAUGAGGAUCUCCAGCUUGCCAACUCUCUGAGAGACGAGAGGAAAGACCUACAACAAAAAACAUCACAAGAGUUUACAGAUUUUCAAGAGAAGGAGAAAGAUUCAGAGAGCCAACCUGACCAGGUUGAUGUUUUACAUCGAGAGGUUUCUUCUGAGGAGGAUUUCUCAGAAGAAACCUCAUCAGGUUGUUCCACGGAUUUGGAAUCCACAGGAAAGAUGGAGUUCGCUGAAGAAACCAUCCAGGAGAAUGUGGACAACCCAGAUCCUAAAUCCAUGCAGGAUGGUGUGCUGACUCCAGAUGUAGAGAUGUUUGGGAACAGCUGGAUGGAGAUGGAGCCCCACCAGGACCGAUGUCCCCAUGUUCCCUCUGCAUUCCUGUCGCCCUGCGCUGGUGUUGAUACUCAAAUCCUUCUGAAAGUGGAGGAAGUGUGUGCGGCGCUGCUGGACCCGCCUUUCCAGAGCUGCCAUGACUUUGUGAGUCCGCUGUCCUACAUGGCCAGCUGCUCCAACGACCUCUGCAUGUCGGGUCCCAGUGGCGAUGUGGUAUGCCAGGUGUUCAGCGAAUACGCUCGAGCCUGCGCUCAUGCUGACCACCCAUUGCACAACUGGAGGCAGCGCAUUCCUCAGUGUGUGAAGCAGUGUCCUCUGGGGCUGCAGUACAGGGAAUGCAUCAGCUGCUGCCCAGAGACAUGCAACCUGGAGCGGACAUGCAUAGACAGCAAGCUGGCCUGCUUAGAUGGAUGCUACUGUCCUGAAGGUCUGAUUUAUGAGGAAGGGAGUUGUGUGGCCCCGGCUGACUGUCCCUGUGAAUACCACGGCAUGUUUUAUCCCUCUGGACAAACUCUGCAGGAAGAAUGCAACAACUGCACAUGUGUGGGUGGAGUGUGGAACUGCACCGACCACACUUGCCCAGGGGAAUGCUCGGUUACAGGCGAUAUGUACUUCCAGUCAUUUGACGGGAGGAUCUUCACCUUCCCUGCGACAUGUCACUACGUCCUCGCCAAAAGUCGCAACUCAGGGAAAUUUGCCGUCACCAUCCAGAACGCCCCCUGCGGAGCCAAUCUAGACGGGUCCUGCAUCCAAUCAGUUAACCUGAUCAUUGACGAGGAUCCGAGGACCGAGAUCACACUGAGUCACGUCGGCGAGGUCUUCAUGGCCGGCCAGUACCGCGUCUCUCUGCCCUAUUCUGACGAUGUCUUCCACAUCCAGGAGCUGUCGUCCAUGUUCCUCCAGGUGAGGACGGCGUUUGGCCUGCAUCUGCAGUACAGCUGGACGGAGUUUCGUCUCUACCUGCAGGCCGACGAGGCGUGGAAAGACGACACGGUGGGGCUGUGCGGCACCUUCAACGGCAACACUCAAGACGACUUCCUAUCUCCAUCAGGAAUGAUCGAGAGCACCCCUCUCCUGUUUGGAAAUGCCUGGAAGGUGUCGUCGGCCUGUUCCCUCAGCCUGAGCACGCCUCCGCUCGACCCCUGUGACACCCACCAACAGGCCGUGACCUACGCCUCGGAGACGUGUGACAUCCUGAACCAGGAUCUGUUCGCCGCCUGUCACGAGUACCUCAGCCCAACGCCGUUCCACCUGCAGUGCCGCGCAGACACCUGCAGGUGUGGCACGCCCUGCCUCUGCUCCGCCCUGGCCCACUACGCUCGGCACUGCCGCAGGUUCUCCAUCAUCGUCGACUUCCGAGCGCACGUAUCGGACUGUGCUGUCACCUGUCCUGCCACCAUGCAGUAUGGCACCUGUGUGUCGGCCUGCCAGCGGCGCUGCUCCUCCCUGUCCGUCCCGCAGCACUGUGGGGGCCACUGCGAGGAGGGCUGCGUCUGCCCCCAGGGCUCCUUCUACAACCACCGAACACACACCUGUGUGCACAGGUCCGAGUGUCCCUGCAGUUUCCUCGGAGCCGACUACGAACCCGGAGACGUGAUCUUGACAUCAGCAGGUGUUCAAAUGUGUCUUAAUGGUAAACUGGUUCCCCAGACUGGAGAAACUGACAGGCUUUGCCCGCUGGGUCAGCUCCACCUGAACUGCUCAGAUGGGGAGAACAGCCAAUCAGCAGGAAGGGGCGUGGCUUGUGAGCGCACCUGUGAGUCCUACCUGCUCAACAUCACCUGCUCUGCGCAUGAGCCCUGCAUCUCUGGCUGCGCCUGUCCGCCCGGGUUACUGAAACAUGGGGAUGAGUGCUUUGAGCCUGAUGCCUGCCCCUGUUUGUGGAAAGGGAAAGAAUAUUUCCCUGGCGACCGAGUUUCCUCCCCCUGCUACCAGUGUGUUUGCCAACACGGGAUGUUCCAGUGUGUGUUUCGUCCAUGUCCCUCCAUGUGCACGACUUACGGUGAUCGCCACUACAGGACGUUCGACGGACUACUGUUUGACUACGUCGGGGCCUGCAAGGUUUAUCUUGUUAAGAGCAGCGCUGAUGUGAUGCUGAGCGUUUUGGUGGAGAACGUCGACUGCUUUGACAGUGGAGUCAUCUGCAGGAAAUCCCUUCUGAUCAACAUCCGCGGAUCCUUCAUAUCUUUUGAUGACGACUCUGGAAAACCAAAUCCGUCUAGUGUGAUCGACAGGAAGCAGCAGAUGUUCAUCUGGCCAGCUGGAUAUUUCACAAUAAUUCACUUCCCAGAAGAAGACGUGACGGUGCUGUGGGACCGCAAGACGACGGUUCACGUCCAGGUUGGACCCCGCUGGCAGGGGAAACUCAGCGGCCUUUGUGGGAACUUUGACCUAAAGACGGUCAAUGAAAUGCGGACGCCUGACAACAUCGACUCGCCGACGCCGCAGGAGUUUGGAAACAGCUGGACGGCCAUGGAGUGUGUGAACAGUCCAGACAUCAGACAUCCUUGCAGCCUCAGUCCUCUCAGAGAGCCGUUUGCAAAGCGUCGGUGCGCCGUCCUGCUCAGUGAAGUCUUCCAGACCUGCCACCCGGUGGUGGAUGUCACCUGGUUCUACACGAACUGCCUCGCUGACACAUGCGCCUGCAGCCGCGGAGGCGACUGCGAGUGUUUCUGCACCAGCGUGGCGGCGUACGCAGGGCGCUGCUGCCAUGAGGGCGUUUCUGUCGACUGGCGCUCGCCCUCUCUCUGCCCAUAUGACUGUGAAUUCUACAACAAAGUUCUGGGUAAAGGUCCGUUCAGGCUCUUGACCUUCUGGGAUCAGACGUCUCUGUUGGCAGCCAGCCGGUCCAGCGGCUUCGUGUUCCUGCAGCGGGUCAACACCAGCGUCGGCGCCGCUCCUGGGAUCCUCUCAGAGUUUAUGAUGACGCCGGGCCUCAGCAGAGCUCGACCACACGAUUCAUCGCGGGUUUCCUUUGAAGCCGCCGACAGACCGAACUACUUCCUGCACGCCACCGCCAGCGGCCAGGUGAGGCUGGCCAAGUGGGAGGGAAGCGAUGCAUUCUGGGACGGAGCCACCUUCGUCCUCCACAGGAACACCUGGAUCUCGGGCUACAACUCGCUGGAGUCGCACGCCAAGCCCGGCUUCUUCCUGCACGCCACGCCGCCGCGCCUCCACCUGCUCAAGUUCAGACACAGCUACGGUUUCCGCAAGGCGUCGCUGUUCAGACUGACGGGCCCCAAACCAGACAGCCCUCCGGGUCCUCGCUGCCAGUGGAGGUACGACUCCUGCACCAGCCCCUGCUUCAGGACCUGCAGCGACCCGUCCGCCGAGUCCUGCGUCACCAUCCCACAAGUAGAGGGCUGCCUUCCUGUCUGCCCCUCAAAUAUGGUCCUGGAUGAAAUCACCAGUCGAUGCGUUCAUGUUGAAGACUGUAUUCGGCUCCCAGAUUCAUUGGCGCCUCCGUCUCCGUCCACAGCAGCUGAACAUUAUGAAGUCACCACAUCGUCCACACCUCCACACACACACCACGCAGUGAAAAUUCCCACCAGCGCUGCUUCUAGCGCUACUUCUGGGAGCAAAUACACCACCUCAUCCAAAGCACCACCUGCCCCUGAUGAGCCGGCCCGCCCGGAAGCCGUAGUUACAUCUGCAACUCCUGAGCCGUCCAGAACUCUGUCUGGGCCAACAGUGCCCUCUGCUGUCAGGCCAGAGGAAGUGGAGGCAACGUCCACAGUCAGAGUAACUGAAACUCCUGCUACAACUUCAUCAGCUGCAACAAGAUGGAUGACCAGGCUGAGCUCAUUCAGCCCCACCACGUCCAGAACAACCACAGGUCAUUUUGACUCCUCCUCCACUAAACCUAUCGACUCCCAGUAUUCCCCGCUCACCACCACUACGUCUGCUGGGAGGCCAACCACAAUCACAACGUCUACGGUUGGUCAUCCACAUAAAGACGCAUCCGAAAGCACGAGUUCAGCAGUUAGUCAAACAACUUUGAGUUCAGUUUCUCCCCGAGUCUCAGAAACAUCUGCAGAAACAUCUGCAGUAAGAGGCAGAACCACUGUCUCCAGUACAGCGACUACCUCCUCUACAAAAGCUGCACCGGUAGAGGGAAUGACAACAGCACCAUUUAUCCUGCCAGAACUACCAACCACAAGCUCUACAACAGCUUCUCCUGUUCCCACCUCGACUACUAAAGAAGCACAAACUGGAUAUUCGUCAACAGCAACGACAGAACUGUUCCAACCAGUUAGCUCUUUCACUCCCAGUAAGACACAAACUGGAACCACAGAAAGGACUUUGCACAUCAUUCCAACUGAUCGUACAACUUCUUCGACUGUUUCUGUGUCAUCUACAACAACCGUCUACCAUGUUAAACCCUCUACAACUCCACUGUCUGCCUUCACUUCAGCUACUACAAGGUGGCAAACAUCAACCGUAAAGAAAGUCACAGUCCCAAAAUCUCCUGCAUCUAAAAUCUCUACAGUCUUCACAACAACAGCUUCACCCAGACCUGCUAAGAUGACAGGCAGCACCGCUCCUUCUUGGUACACGUCAGCUGCCUAUUCGGAUAGGACUUCCUGGUCCGCUGCUGCUCCAGUAACGGGGAAAACCACUUCCAGCAAACUAACUUCAAGACCCCUUGUUGUCCCAGAAACAUCCACAAUGUCCACAGAUGUUCAUUUCACCACAAAACCUUCAACAGGAAUUACUACUUUGCAACAAUCCCCAACCACACAGAGCACCACCCAUCCUCUGUAUACUGAGCGAACCUCUGAGCCUCGGUAUCCCCCUCACUGGGAGGUCACCUCCACUUCCACUACCACCUACCGGCCGCCAAUGGAGACAACACCUGGGCUGCCCUCUGCAUCUCCCACUAUGUCUGCUAAAUCUGCUGAAGUUCCUCUUCUUCCAGUAACAUCUAGGACAACAUCUACCUCUGCAGCAACUACCACCACCACAGAAACAUUGGCUCCAGAUAGUGGAGCCACAACCACCAGGAAGCUGAUUACUCCACCUGUCGCCUCCUUCACCACCACCACUAGAGGGCCUAGACCCUCCAGUCUUCACACCACUCUUAAGUUAAUUACAGAGACUUCCCAACCAGUUACGACCAGAGUGUCAACUACAACUACAAGCAUGUCUUCUCCGUCCUUGCAUUUGCUCCACACAACAAGCUCUACAACAGCUCCAGAGGUAUCUACUGUCCUGGAGAAGGUCACGACCCGACUGGUGUCCUCUUCAAGAGCUACACCUACCGCUGUGAGGACAUCCACCCUUUCAGCAACACCCAGACUUCCUGUAACAUCUAGAGUUACUUCCAGAGCCACAUCGUCCGCAGUUAGGCCGAUCACCGCAAGGGUCACUGUUGCAACAAGACCUUCAGCUACCACUACCAGAUCAACUGUGGUUGGCUCACCAGCUACUACAUCUCCAACCAUUGCAACAACAGCAAGCAGGGUUGAUCAUGUUGCCACAUCGGCAGCAAUUUCCCUUUUGACUACAACAACAGCUCCAGUAGCGGUCUCUUCACCAUUAUCUACAGCCGCCUUCACCAGAGAGUCAACCUCAACCAAAGAAGCUGAAACAACGACGUCUCCAUCCCGACCUGAUGUCUUUGUCUCAACCCAGGAGCCUGGUAUUCCAGUUCCAACUACAACGCUUCAAGAAUCCACCACCGCCUUCCAAAAAAUUCCUACAAGUCCAGGAUCGACAACAGUUUCGACUUCUCCUCACACAGCGGCCGAAUCAACGAGUUCUUCAUUUGAGCGAUUAACAUCAAUGUCAGAAACUCCUAUAAGGACGUGCACUCCUCCGUAUGCAGAGAUAGUCGACGAAUGCACAAAGUACAUCUGUGUCAACAACCAGCUCAUCCUGUUCAAUAAAUCCCAGAGCUGCCCCUUCACAGCUGAGCCUCCAAACUGCGGCCUGCUUGGCUUUGCUAUUCUGGUCAAUGGAGACAAGUGCUGCCCGAAAUGGGAUUGCCCAUGUCGCUGCUCGAUGUUCCCCGAUCUCAAUGUGAUCACUUUUGAUGGGGACAGCUUUGCCGUUUUCAAAGCUGCCUCAUACAUCGUUGCCCAGCUUCCCAACGAGACCCUCAGUGUCCUGAUUCAGGAAUGUCCGGUGAACUCUGAGCGAGCGCUCAUCUGGAAUUUCACCAACUUGUGUCUGGUUUCACUCAACAUCACACACAAAUCGAUUCAGGUUGUCGUCGACAGACUGCAGAGGAGACUCUUCGUGAACUCGCGCUACGCCAAGCCUCGUUUUAAAAAGUACGGCUUUGAGAUCUACGACACAGGCAACAUGUACCUGAUCCGCAGCCCGGCCGGGCUCAAGGUGCAGUGGUACCACAGCACCGGCAUGAUGGUGAUCGACGCCGACGACGCAGGCAGCAAACUCCCCACCAUGGGCCUCUGUGGUUUCUGCGAUGGAGAUCUGACCAACGAUCUCACUCUGCCCAACGGCUCGGUUUUGGCCGUAAGCCAGGACCCGGUUCUGUUCAUCGACAGCUGGCAGGUUCCCAACACCACCAGCUACGUCAGCUACAGCCGUCGGCGCGAACACAACUGCUCCACCAGUGACUGCUCACGCUGCCUGGCCAUGCUGGAGGACAAUGCCUUCACAUCGUGUCACGCAUUUGUGCCGCCCAGCACGUUUUGUGAGGUUUGGGUGAGAGAUUCAGAGUAUGUGAACAACCACUGUGUGGCUCUGGCUGCUUAUGUGGCAACUUGCCAUAAAUUCAGUAUCUGCAUCAAGUGGAGGAGGCCGGAUUACUGCCCCUUCGUGUGUCCCGGCUCUCUGAGCUACCAGGCCUGUCUGCCGGCCUGCACGUCUCAGUCCUGUCCGAACCACGACUUUGACUCUGAUCCGGACCACUGCUCUGGCCUGACGGAGGGCUGCGUCUGCCCCGAGGGAAUGCUGCUCCACCGGCCGUACUCGGCUCUCUGCAUCAGCCCUGAGAAGUGCUCCUGCACCGACAGCGGCGGCGUUCCUCGGUCGCCCGGCGAGGUGUGGAAGGCCUCGCAGGACGGCUGCUGCAUGUACCGCUGCGACAACGACACCAUCGUUCCCGUGGAGUACGACUGCUCCAGCGCACCGGCGCCGGUUUGCCACCGAACCGGGGAGAUGAUCAUCAGCAUGUCUGACGACACGAGCUGCUGUCCUCACAAAGUCUGCGUUUGUAACCAGAGUCUGUGCGAUCGCUUCCCUCCUGAGUGUAAAUAUGGGGAAAAGCUGGUGUCGUACUACAGACCAGAGUCCUGCUGUCCGGACUACGUCUGUGAGUGCGAUCCUGAGCGUUGUGAGUCUGAGCUUCCCGCCUGCAGAGACGACCAGACGCUGGUCGCCACCAGAGCCGAAGGCAGCUGCUGUCUGGCCCACAUCUGCAUGUGCUCUUCCUGUGCGGAGAGGCCUCCUUCCUGCCGGGACGGCGACGUGCUGAGCGUCGACAGCAACAGCACGGAUCGAUGCUGCCCGUCCUACCAGUGCGUGUGUGAGCCCUACAGGUGUCCUCAGCUGAGCUGUCCUGUUGGGAUGUCAGUCGUGUCCGUUUCCAGUCCAAAUCUCUGCUGUCCCAACCAAACAUGCGUCUGCAGCUGCGAAAAGAUCGUCUCUCCUAAAUGUAGCCUGGGAGAAGCUGCACAGCUUGACCGGGCCUUCCUGUCCGACCCACAGAACCAGUGCUCCUGCAAGAGAUACAAGUGUGUGCGUGAAGCCGUGUGUGUGUUCGGCGAGCGCGGACUGCUGCGGCCGGGCCAGACGCUCGUUGAGCACGGAGACGACGGUUUGUGUUACAGUCGCCACUGCAGCCAGGUUCUGGACCCGGCGAGUGGAUUUUACCUGCUGCGGAUUUCCACGGUCAACUGCUCCGCCCACUGCCACCCGAAUCAGAUCUAUGUUCCUCCUAAAGACCAGUCAACCUGCUGCGGCGAAUGUAAAAACAUCUCCUGCAUCUAUCAACACGAGAACGGGACGGUAGGCCUCUAUAAGCCUGGGAGGUCCUGGGUGUCAAACUGCAAGAAGUUCGACUGCUCCGACACUUCAUUCGGACCGACCCUCAUCUCCUACUCUUACAGCUGCCCCCCCUUCAAUGAGACAGAGUGCAUGAAGAUCGGAGGAACCGUCGUUAGUUACAUGGACGGAUGCUGCAAGACGUGUAAAGAAGACGGGAAGUCAUGUCAGAAAGUGACAGUGAGGAUGACGAUCAGGAAGAAUGACUGCCGCAGCAACCGGCCGGUGAACAUCGUGUCCUGCGACGGGAAGUGUCCCUCCGCCAGCAUCUACAACUACAACAUCAACACCUACGCUCGCUUCUGUAAGUGCUGCAGGGAGACGGGGCUGCAGCGGCGCUCUGUGCAGCUCUACUGCAGCAGCAACGCAACCUGGGUCAGCUACAGCAUCCAGGAGCCCACCGACUGCUCCUGCCAGUGGUCCUAGGCACAAACACUCACCUUCCGCAGCCCAGGCCUCACCUGGACCAGGCGUGUGAGGCCUAAAGGUGCUCAUGGAGAGGACAGCUUGGCGUUGGGACUGUGAAUAACACCACUGCAAGGUGCUGGGAGGAUGCGGAAGGCGGCUUCUCUGACAGUUCUGUGCUGAUCUCAGUAAGUAUGUGUAGUACCUCUGCUGGCAGGGAGGUGGAGCUGUGGAGCAGAGAAGCAGAUGCAACCAGGACCCACGCAAUAAUAGCACUGAUGUAGUGACUAUUUGUCCAAAACUCAAAUUCAAACAUCAAAAAACUUAAGACUUAAAGGUGAUCAAAAGAAAAGGUGAAUCCAACUCAAAUAGUCACCUGAUGCACCGAGAGUUUCUGGCUUACACCGUCCAAAAAGAUCUAAAAAGUCAAAAAUUCUGUUCUUGGUUGCUUUAUUCCAUAUUCAGGCAAACAAUUCAGGCAAAAAAUCUGAUUCCUGCAUCUGUUCUCUGACUGAUUGACUGACUGGUAAAAAACCACCUGACCAGCCAGGUGCAUAAUGAGCCACUAAAACCUGCAUAUUUAUACCGUGAAACACACAAAACUGUCCCAAACUGAAAUUAAUUAACUAGCUAAGUGAAUUACUAGCCAAAGACUUAUUACAAAAAUUCUAAUUAUAAAUCAACUUGAAAAUAAGCAAAUAAAAAUAAACUAAGAUUUAACUGAAAAUAGAGAAAUAACUCCUAAAACUGGAUCAUUUCAUGGAAUUACAUUCAUUGUGACUACAGUUAAAACUUAUUAAAUCUACACUUUCUGUAGGCUUUCAAAUAACCAAUUUUAUUGGUGUAACUAGAACACACAGAUAUUUAAAUAUCUGAUUAAUGUCCUGUUGGUUCCUGCUGCUUUGCUCUGUUCCCACCUCCCUGCCUUCACAUAGAGGACGUGCCAAUUAGAAACAUCGUUUUAAAGAGCAUCCUGCCAUCUCUGCUUCACUUAUAAUUUCAUAAGAACGAUGAGGAAAAAAGCGUUUUUAUUCAGAGAACUCCUCCCAGCUCAGUUUUGACCAUCUUUCAUUUUUAAAUUUGACCCAAAACGUUGCGUGUUGUCUUCUGUAAAUAACUACAUUCAAGUGCUCUUGAAAUCUUUUGCAGUGCAUAAAUUAGAUUUCUCUCUCUCUCUCUUUUAGAAAGGCUGGCAUAAAAUGUAUAUUCUUUGAUGUGGAUUUUAUUUUCUGUAAUCAACAUUAACUGACUGAAAUCCAGCUGUUUGCGGAGCUCUUUAUUUAUUUAUUGGAGUUUGCUAGAACACAGAAGUUCUGUUCUGUAAGAAGCAUUCGACCCAAAAGGAGAAGAAACAGCAAGAUGUUUUUUAAAAAUGUUUGUGACCAACAGACUCCUGGUUAGUUUAAGUUAAAGAGGAUUUGUAUCAGACAGAUGUACAUUUGACUUUUCAAUAAAUCUUUUGGACACUCA